CGGUGCCGCUGCAACGGCCGCGCUGGUUGCGGACACCCGCGGCUGCUCCCGAAGGCGCCGGACGGAGCCGGGCCAGCUCUGCCAGACCUGCCGCACUCCACAGCCGGCGCACAAUGGCUGACAAAUCAGCAAAACCAGCAAAAAGAUUAUCUGAUUCAAACUCUGAGGGAGCUGCGGCAGGAGAGAUAAGUGCUCUGGAAGAGGCCUUUAGAAAAUUUGCCAUCCAUGGUGAUACGAGAGCUACAGGAAAAGAAAUGCAUGGGAAGAACUGGUCAAAGCUAUGUAAGGACUGCCAUAUCAUAGAUGGGAAGAAUGUGACAACCACAGAUGUUGACAUUGUCUUCAGUAAAAUCAAGGGAAAGUCUGUAAGAACUAUUACUUUUGAGCAGUUUAAGGAAGCUCUUCAAGAACUCUCCAAGAAGCGAUUUAAAGGCAAAAGUGAUGAGGAAGCACUUCGAGAAAUGUAUAAGCUAAUUGAAGGAAAAGGCCCAGAUUUAACUGGAGUAACGAAAACUGUUGCAUCUCCAACUGUUUCACGCCUUACAGAUACUUCAAAAUUCACGGGUUCUCACAAAGAGAGGUUUGAUGCCAGUGGGAAAGGAAAAGGCAGAGCUGGCCGAGAAGAUCUGGUGGAUAACUCAGGAUAUGUAUCUGGUUAUAAGCAUGCAGGCACAUACGAUCAUAAAGUACAAGGAAACAAAUCUCAUGCAAGUGUAUUCAAGGAAAUUUCCAAAUGCAUUGCUAGAAAGUGGGACCCAGUGGACAAUAUCUUUUCUAGAUGAUUGAUUUCUUAACUGCUGUUUUUGCCUUUGAAAAAUGUGCCCCAAAGAAUUUCUUCCUGUGGAAGGCCUACAGGAAAACAAUUUCUGAAUGGAGUGAUAGUAAAGCUGGAAAAUACACAGUAUUCAAGAUAAAAGAGUACAUUUUUCUCUUAAGAGUUUAAUUUAGAGGAAAAAUUAAGAAGAUCCUAACCCCAGAUUUAUUGACCAGAUGAAAAAGAGAGCAUUGGAAGAUACUGGGUAAAGUUCAAAAAGUCUACACAAUGUUUCUGAAAAAAUCUAUGGAUUGAAAAUACUGGCAUUAAAACAAAUGUGUUACCUCAGUUUCAAACUCAUUAAAACAUUUUUGAUCAGACAUCUCAUGUUCCAGGAAACAAUUACCAGUAUGGGUUGGAAAAAGAAAGACAGGAAGAUUAAGGACACCUAAAAAUAUCUGACACUACAUAAUCAUAAAAUUAUGCUAUAAAGUGUAGGAAGUUUGAGGAUUGUGUAAGUGAAUGGAAUUCACUCUUAUGUCUGUUUCUGAGGUUUGCCAUACCAGAUUAGGAGCCAGUUCUUGCUUUGUGUGAAGCUGUUUCUUGGAUGUCAUGGAAGUGAUCUCCCAAUGCCUCCUAGUUCAAGGCAUGGCUGGCUAAAGCAAAUUCCUUAAUACCUUGUUUGGUCACUUCUGAACAUCUCCAAGGGUGAAAACUCCAUAGCCUCUCUGUGCAAUCUUAUCCAGUGUUUGACCAUAACAAUGGGGUUUUUUUCUUAUGUUUAAAUUGCAUUUCCUGAAUUUGAGUUUAUGCCCAUUGCCUGUUGUCCAUCCACUGGAUACCACUGAGGAGAGUCUGGCUGCAUCUUAUGUACAAUGGGAUUCUCACUCACCAGGUUUGCAGAUGACACCAAGCUGAGUGGUGCAGGUGAUGCAGGAGGGAAGGGAUGCCAUAAUAGAGGUACUCUGACAAGCUUGAGCUAGUGGGCCUCUGUGAACCUCAUGAAGUUCAACAAAGCCAAAUCCUACAACUUGGUGUGGGCGUUCCCCAAUAUCAACACAGACUGCAGUAUAAAGGGAUUGAGAGCAGGCCUGUGAGGAAAGAUUUGAGGAUAAAUUUGAGGUACAUGAAAACUUGGACAUGACCCAGCAAUGUGCACUUGCAGGCCAGAAAGUCAACCAUAUCUUUGUCUGCAUCAAAAGCAGCAUGGCCAGCAGGUUGAGGGUGUGUUUCUGCCCCUCUGCUCUGGUCUCAUAAGACCCCACUUCUGGAGUCCUCAAUACAAGAGAGACAUGGAUCUGUUGGAGCAGGUCUAGAAGAGGGCAUGAAAAUUAUUAGAGGGAGGAUGGAACACCUCUUCUGUGGAAAAAAAAGAAAAAAAAGAUCUGAAAGAAGUUCAGUCUGGAGAAGAAAAAGUUCCAGGGAAACCUUAUCGUAGCCUUUCAAUAUAUAAAAGGGGUAAUAAGAAAGAUAAAGACAAGACUUGAACAGCCAGAUCUGGUAAAAGAGACUCUUCCAUUGGCAGAGUGGUAUUGGAUCUCUGAAGGUUCCAUUCAACCCAAAUCAUUCUAUGGUUAUAUGAUUCUGAGAUUCUGUACAGGCAGCCAGUAACAGGACAAGGGACAGAGGCUUUAGACUAAAAGAGGACAAGUUUAGACUAGAGGUUAGGAAGAAAUUCCUUACUCAAAGAGUGAUAAAGCACUAGAGUAGGUUGCUCACAGAAGUUGUGAAUGCCCCAUUGCUGGAAGUGUUGGAGGCCAGAUUGGAUGGGGCCCUGGGAAACUUUAUCUCGUGGUGGGUAUCCCUGCCCAAGGCACUGGGGUUGGGACCAGGGGUUCUUUAAGGCCCCAGCCAACCCAAACCAUUCCAUGAUUCUGUUACUGUAUACACCAUUCAGAUAUACAAAAACACCUGAUAAGGUCUCCCUUGAGCUUUCUCUGCUAAACUAAACCACAGCUCUCUUGUUCUUUCCUCAUUUAAAUAUCAGUCUAUUUCCUUGACUCAACUGAUACAAGCCUUCAUUUCAAUAAAAAGGGAUGGUUUUGCAGGUCAAUGAUACAGUGCCAAAAAUAUUUUAGAGACUUGGGAAGUCAUUUCAGAAAUCUAAAAUCUACUUCCAGUUGCAAAGCCAAGUGUAUAUCUUACUGUGUUGUGUUUGGUUUCUAGAGAGAAAAUAAAUCCACAAUGCUGGGGACUGAUUCUCAGUUCAGAUCUGUAUUCUCCAGUGUGGUAAAGAAUUAGUAAAAAAUCAAAGUUGGAUGGUUUUUUCCCUUAAUUUUUCUAUUUUUUUUGAAUUUCUAUAGGUUUUGUGUGCCUAAUUCCUCUUAAAAAUCUGAAUUUCAUGACUCAAAUCAUACAGGAAACUAGAAUUCACCAAUUUCUAUUAAAUUCUGACCAGUUCCAGUAUGUGCAUAUAUAUUUUAUAUGUAUAUGCAUGUGUAUAUGUAUGUAAAUAAAAAUCAAUAAAAUCCUUAUAUUUUAAUUGUUGUUUUCUCUCUUGAGUUCUUUGGCAAUUUCAGUUGCCUGCCAGAGAUUAUACUUUACUUUGAUACCUGCUGAAAUUCUAUAUACAUUGAAUGUGAUUCAGAAUUGAUUAAUUGCUUAAAGGACUAAACACAUUCUGAAGAGUGAAGUGUAAAUAAUCAGAAAGCAGUGGUAUAACUGGAGUAUUUUAACACUUAUUUUUCUAAAUAUUUCUACGAGAUAAAAUCCAAAGGGGCUGGUUAUCCAAAUCAGCAGCAUACCACAGUUAUUACUCCCCUUCUGAAGUGAUUUGACAGAAGUUGUAGGCUAAUUAAGGCUAUUUAUAAGAAACUAAAGCAGGUCAAUAGACAUUUUGUGCCAUAUUGCUUCAAGAUGGAAUGGGAAGGGAAAAUAUUUCUUACUGAAAUUGUGAAAUAGGUGGUUAGAAACAAGCAUCACCCUAAAAUAAGUUACCCUAAAAAUGCUUGGAUCAUGUGGUCCUUGUGGCAAGGAUUUUCUGUUGCAAACAUAGGAAUCUGGACUUGAUGACCACUAUUCUUCUCUUGUAAAACUUUGACAUUUGAAAAGUAAAGUCACAUCUAUUAAUUUCUUAAAUCUCAGUAAUAACAUUUUACAGGUAUCCUGUGUUGUGCAACAAUUAAGAAAUCCAAAGUAGGUUCAAAUAAAUGUAAUUUCUGUUCCUUCAUAUAAGUUUCACCAUUCUACAGUGCAGAGCUGCUGCAUCUACCAUCUAGCAAACACAGACACAGUGAUUUGUGAGUAGUGACAGUCUCAUCUUCCACGUGAGAGAGGUGUUUUUCUGAUGUCUGCUCAAGUUGUGCAUCCAAGCCAACAGGACACCAAUGUUGGCAUCACUACCAGGAGUGUUGAUACACUCUGCCUGUCAGCACUGCCUUAACUGAAGCUGUGCUGCUUUAAAUCUGUAAUCUGAACUCUGAGUGGCAUGCUGAGGUCAGUGUCUUUUGUUUUGCAAAUGAAAUAAUUUCAUACCACUGUAUUUAACCUUAUGGUGUUUCUGGUGUUUAUUAGAUAAUGAAUAAAGAUCAGGCAGGAUUGGACCUUUGUGAGGAAAUCUCUAAAUAUCUUAAAUACUGUGGCAAGCAGUGGUGGUUACUCAGCAGAUGCUGCUCCUUUGUUCCAGUUAUCAGACAGUGCCAUGUCAGGACACUUGGUUGUUGUUUUUCUUACUCAAGCAAAACCAAAGUCCUGGUUAAAAAUCUGAUCAGAGAAUGGAAAGUGUAUCUUAAAAAAAAAAAUAAAACCGAAAAUUAAAAAUCAGGUUCUUAUGUGUAAGAUUGACAACUGGAAAAUUUCCACUUACAGCCAGAAAGAAACCAAUUUAUGAAUGUCAUACAACUUGUAAAUUAAGGAAUACUUAAAUUUGGGAAUACUGUAACAUAAGAUACUUGUGAUACUGCAGUAUUUCAGUUAUAAAUUUUGAAUCUGAGUGUCAGAAGUCAAGUGGAAACACAGGGAUGAUCGGCAACAGAGUAGAAGUCAGCACAGCUGCUACUGCUACAGCACACCCACUACUCUGUGGUGCAGACUGUGGGCAUGAAACUUGAUAUUUUAGAACCAAACUUUAAUAACUCCAAAUUUGAGCUGAGAUUAAUUUCUUCCAUUUAUACAUUCAUACCUGUAAUGUAUCUGGAUCUAAGCUAACAGCCCCCAAUAAUAUUCUUGUAGCAGUUUUUAUAUGUGAUAACGUGUUGAGAAUUUAUUUCCAGAAAGGAUAUUGUACUCCAGAUCCCUUGCUGGCUGUAUAAUGCAAUUUCUGUAUUUUAAUAAUUUUUCCAGUAGAUGGCAGUAGCCGCUUAUUGGCUGAUAAAUGAACACUACCAUAGUGCACUACAUGAACAUACAGCAGUGAAACCCAAAUAUGUUCCUAUGCAGGUACUUAGCACACUGUAAUUGUGAUCUGUAAUUGUGUCUGUUACAAAUGUCACCUCUUUACCGUAUCUGAGCAUGAAAUCUUUUCUGAAUAUUUUCCUUUUGAGUCUGUUGGUUUGCUUUGAAAUGUGUGAUGGUGUAAAACUAAUAAAUAAUGUUACAGGGCUGUUAAGGGUUAGGGACAAAUGUAUCUCAAAGUGGGCUUGGUUCUGAGGUCUCUGGAUUGUGCCUACAUUUGGAAACUUACUGUGAGUUACUCUGAGUUGAUUAAUUUUACAAUGUCUUAAAUUCAGAUUAAAAUGCUUCAUUAUAAAUUAUCUGUCAUUAAAUUGUGCUUUUAUGAUUGAAAUUUUACUCAAAUAAUAUUAAUAUUACAGGUUUUCUUGUGCCAAAAUAAGUAUGGAUGAUUCUGCAUUGUGAAACAUGUCAUGUUGCAAGACUGUCAAAAUCUACCAUUGUUUUGCUAUUUUGUUUUGCCGCUUCUAGGCGUUCUGUCCAUCCAUGCUGCCUUUUCUGUCCUGGAGGCAUGUUACAGAAAUUGUUUUUGUGCUGUUUAAACGCUGAUCUGAAGACUUUUAUGUGGUUGUGCUGAAGUCAUAACAAGUUCACAAACCAAAGCUCGUGGUGCUUCAUCUGCCAUAUAUGAUGUUGGAUGGAGUCAUAUUCUGAGAAGCUUGGAGAGGACAUUUUUUUCCCCAGAAUGACCUGAAUUAUUUUAACUGAUCUGCAGUUGUAUAAACAGUCAGCAUUAUGCAGAUGAAGGAUGACAGGGGAUUAAAUCUGGUUUUGCCAAAUGUCUCCUGGGUAGAUUUUGGAUAAGAAUUACAGUGUUCUGGUGUUUUUAUGAAAAGUUUGAUUUUAUCUUGGUAACAGGGCAUUAGCAGUCUCAGUAACAGAAACAGGACAAUGUCAAACACACUGGAUCUCAGAAACCUCUAAAGAGAUAUGGGGAACUAGAAGACCUUGGAAAACACUGAAGAAUCAGCCUGAAGCAAGAAGACAAGCAGAGGACAAAAUGAAUGUGUAGGGUCAAAUCCAGUAAAUAGAAAUUGAUACAGUGCUAUUCAACUUCAGUGUAGGAGGGUAGGGAGGUUUAAAUGAGUUAAUGGCACUAACACGUUUUUCCAGCCUUUUUUUGUUCCAUGGAUUAAGUGCCUUGCCUACUACCUUGUCUGCAUCCUGGCUUCUAUUCAGCUGUCCUGCACAUAACCUGCUAGCACUUCCCCACAUAAGUACACAUGUUGGGGGUGAGGUUCCUUUUCACCUAGAGAAUUUUUCACAUAAGUUUCUAAGAAACACUCACUACUGGGUACUUAUGAAAACAAAAAAGUAGCCAAGCUCCAAGGGAAGGAGAGCAUCUGGUUGCAUUUCUCUCGGUUGGCGGAGUUUCUUUCUGAGGGAUAGAGGUACCUCAGGAGUGAGGUGUGCAGGUGAGGGAUGGGACUGGGGCAGCUGUGGGCUCUCUCUUUCUCUCUCUCAGCUUUGGAGGAGGAUGGUCAGAGCUGCUGCUUGGGGAAGUGAAUUCGCUGCUAUCGCCAAAGCCCAGCCCAGAGCUGUGGGGUGAGCCUCUGCUCAUGAGAGCAGCCACUGAACUGGGACCUUACUAACAUCCACCUCACAAAAAGAGGGACCUCUCCCUGUCUGCUUGGGUUCCUGGGAUCUUGGGAUGGCCUCUCCCUGCCCUGUUGGGAGCUGGGCUGCUGCUGUUCUGCCUCCACUGCUUCUUCAGCGCUGCUCUGAGCUGUCGCUGCACCGGGGCCCCAGCAGUCCCUGCCUGCCGAAACAUCCCGCAGUUCCAGCCGCAAGCUUCUGAUACAUCUCGUCUACCACCCUGGGAUUUUUGCUCAUUCCUGCCGGCCCAGCUUGCUGCUUUCCCAGGGUCCUGCUGGGACACCGGGAUCGAUGUCCCAGGGGUUUGUGAAGCAAAGCCUCUCUCCCAUCCCUUCCCAUCUCGGACAAAGCCGCCAUCACCGCGCGCUCCCCGGGCCCGCGCCACAGCGCCCCCUGCCGGCGCGGGGGAAUCAUCGCACCCGCCCUGCCUGGCCGGGAGCCACCAGCGCCCCCUGCUGGCUGUGCCCGGAACUGCACCGGAGGGGAAAGUG